ACUCAGGCUUAGCUUAGCUUAGAGCACUCACGAGCCUUCUUCCUGAAAACGAGAGAGAAGAGGAUCAUCAGCUAGGGCAAACCCCCCUCUUGGUUUCUAAGUUCCCAAUAACUUAUAACCCUAAUUCCACAUAAAAACAAGCUGUUUCGUACUAUUCGAACCAACAACAUUAGCCCUAGACGUUGAUUCAACAGCUCUCUUUUGUCUCUCCCUCAAUCACUCGCUCGCUCUACGGGUUUAGGGUUUUUCUUCAAGGAUCUGAAGAAUUGAGAGCUAUGCCUCGAUACUAUUGUGACUAUUGCGAUACUUACUUGACUCAUGAUUCGCCUUCUGUCAGAAAGCAGCACAACUCUGGGUACAAACACAAGGCAAAUGUUCGUACAUAUUAUCAACAAUUCGAACAGGAACAAACCCAAAGUUUGAUUGAUCAGAAGAUCAAAGAGCAUCUUGGUGCUGGAGGAUUCCCACAAAUUGGCGGUGCUUUCAACCAGCAUCUUGCCUCUUUCCCACAGAGACCUCGUCCUCCAAUCAUGCUUCCACCUGGUAUGCCUAUGUAUGGAUCACAGAUGCCCGGAGGUCAAUUACCCCCUGGGAUGAUGAGGCCACCUGUUCUGCCACGACCAGCUGGUAUUCCAGGUUAUGGUGGUCCUCCAAUGUCAAUGGCUCCACCUGGUGCUCCUUCCAUGCCCAUGCAAAUGAAUGGUCUGCCGAGGCCUCCCACCAUGGCUCCUCCACCAACUGUGCCUGGGGGAACAACCCCUACAUCAAAUGGCCCCCCUAAUCCAGGAGCUAUGUAUCAAGGUAAUCCAACACCGCCUACAAGCGGAGCUUUUGAUGGAUAUAACAUGAACAGUGCUUCCUCAGGUUUACAUAGACCAACUCAAGAUGAUCAAAGUUGAACUUUAACAUAGAUAUUCCAGUAUGCAGAUCUAUGAUGUUACACUUCAUCCCAUGGUAGUCGGAAGUGAUAUUUUGCAGGGUUUGAAAAACAUUUGGCUUCGAUGUAUAACAGUUCAAGAAUUGCUAUUAGUUUUCAGCGGAGAAGCUUGUGAGCAACAAAUACUAUUAGUAUAAUGUACUGGAACCUAUGCUGUUAAAUUUCUGUUUCUGUAAAUUUUGGAUUUACUAAGCCUUGAAUCAAGGUCUUGGUUUAUGUGUUGGUAACCCAGUUAACUGAAAUCGAAAUUGCUCUACAUAUCGAUUACCAA